AUGUAUCAGCCAAUCCCAGGUAGUGCUACUGCGACAAUUGGUAGUGGACAAAAGAAUAGUAAAGUUGUCAUAUAUGCCAUGAAUAAAUUAACUGACGAGAUAAAAACAGCUGAAUUUAUAUGUCCCGUUCAAUUUGAUUUUAUGUUUUGUAUACCGAUUUAUCGACUAGUAAUGGGUUUUGUUAAUAAUAAAAGUGGAAAAAAACGUAACUCACAUUUGAUACUUAUUGGUGAUGUAUCAAGACAAUGUGCUGUAUUAUCAAAACAAGAAAUAUCCGAUCAAGUGCAUUCUGUUUUAUAUAUUCAUGAACAAAUGAUUUUGCUUGUAGGUGGACUUGGUCGUGUGUUAGUCUAUAAUACUCAUUCGAUUCAAUACACAUCCCAGCCUAUUUUCAUUCAUGAAAUUCCAAAUUUACCAUUUGAACCAACUGAACCAAUUAUUCACAUGUGUCAUGUUACAUCACAUAAAUCUACUGGACUAUUAUCAGAAAGACAUUUUGUACUUUGGCAAUAUUCACCAAAACAAACUGUAAACUUUGAUCUAUGUAAUCCACAUCGUUUUGAUUUUUGUCAUUGUCAUUAUAAUUCAAGAUAUAAUUACUUCUUUACCGGAUUUCAAGAUGGUGUCAUUAUAUUAUGGACAGAAGCAAUUAAACGUUUAAGAUACUAUCAUUCACAUUAUAAAACAAUAACGGGUUUAGAAAGUAGUAUGAAAAAAGAUAUUUUAAUAUCAUCUAGUCUAGAUCGUAUUAUCAACGUAUGGAAUUUAGCUACAUUACAACAUUUAUAUCGAUAUGAUUGCGGUGAGGAAAUUUUACACAUUGAUGUUAUUGCUGAUAAUUUAUAUUUUUAUCAUACGAAAACCAACAUAUUUGUAUUUAAACUCUAUUUAUUAUCGACAUUAUUUUCAUUGACAAAUGCACGUGUAAAAUCGUUAAGAUUAACAUUAGGUAGUAAUAGAAUUGGACGCAUAACAGCAUUAUCAAGUAUAUAUACCCUUCAAUAUAAUGGUCAAAUAAUUCUUUAUCGUGCUGAAAAUACACCGUGUUCUGCCGAAUAUAUUGUCGAAACAAAAGCUGAACGAUAUGAAAUAACAUGUAUAGCAAUAAUAAAUCCAUCACGGACACAUUUAAUGAGCAUAUCGGUCGUCACUACAACAACAAAAAAGUCACUUGAGCAACAAGCCAUAUUUUUUGGUCAUGCCAAUGGAAAAAUAUCAUUAUUUCAAGCUGAUAGUUUAGUUAUGAAACCGUUUAGUGCUCAUGAAAGUACAAUAGUUGCCCUAGAAGCAUCACGUUCAUCAAUGGAAGCCACUAAUACACCAUUUACGACAUAUGAAGUGUUAAUUUCGGCAGGAGAAGAUAAGUUUAUUCGAAUAUGGGAUGUAAUAAUGCAGGAAGAUGAAUCAAUCAGUUUAAAAUUAAUUGUAACACUCGAACAAGAACGAAAUAUUUCAACAUCGCCUAUUCAUUUUAUUGGUAUGAUCGAUAAUUUUGUUGUGGCAAAUUUUAUGGAUCAACCAUUUUUACAUUUAUGGCAAUUACUUAAUAUUUCAUUAAUAACAGGCACUGAAGAGUGGGGCAUUAUUGAGCAUCCAACGAAAGGUUCGGAACAUACAGGGGAUAUACAAGCAAUUACCGCAACACCCAAAUUAAAAUUAUUUGCUUCAUCUGGGCACGAAGGUGAACAACAACUCAGUUUUGACAAAAAUUAA